GGGGGUCGAGAGGCGGGCUCUAGACUGGGGACACAGGGACAGUGGAGUCCCAGCCGGGGGUGCCGCCAGAGCCCGGGACAGUCACGGAGGAACAAGAUCAAGAGCUGCUAUAACUGAGAAGCCCCCAAGGUGGACGCUGAGGAACAUAAGGCACUUCAGUAGACAUCUAAAAAUCUCAAAGACAGAACAUGGUUCAAUCAGAUAAGAAGAGGCGGUCCACCCGCAGCUCCAAGAUGGUCUCAUCGCCCGUGGUCAUAACAAGGAUGCAAGCAAUCAUGCAGAAGGAGAUGGUGCGAGAGUUCCUGGCCGAGUUCAUGAGCACGUACGUCAUGAUGGUGUUUGGCCUCGGCUCCGUGGCCCAUAUGGUUCUAGGAGGUAAAUUUGGGAGCUUCCUCGGUGUCAACUUGGGUUUUGGCUUCGGAGUCACCAUGGGAGUGCACAUGGCUGGGAACAUCUCUGGGGCCCACAUGAAUGCAGCCUUGACCUUCACCAACUGUGCACUAGGCCGCAUGUCCUGGAAGAAGUUUCCCGUGUACAUCCUGGGUCAGUUUCUGGGUUCCUUCCUGGCUGCUGCCACCGUCUACUGCCUCUUCUAUUCAGCCAUUAUCGAAUUUUCGGGCGGACAUCUGACAGUGACUGGUCCCGUAGCCACCGCUAGCAUUUUUGCCACCUACCUUCCUGACCACUCAACGUUGUGGAGGGGCUUCCUGGAUGAGGUGCUAGUGACAGGGAUGCUCCAGCUAUGUCUCUUCGCCAUCACGGACAAGGAGAACAACCCAGCACUGCAAGGGACACAGGCCCUGGUGAUUGGCAUCCUCGUUGUUGUCAUUGGAGUGUCCCUGGGCAUGAACACAGGAUAUGCCAUGAACCCAUCCCGGGACCUGCCUCCCCGUUUCUUCACUUACAUUGCUGGCUGGGGUAUACAGGUCUUCAGGGCCCGGGACUGGUGGUGGGUGCCAGUGGUGGCACCGCUCCUAGGUGCCUAUUUAGGUGGCAUCAUCUACUUGGUCUUCAUUGGCUCCACCAUCGCACGGAGGCCCCAGAUACUGGAGGACUCCAUGGUGUAUGAAGACCGCAGAAUACCCGUGUUGCCCAAGACCAUGCCAAACCCACCCAUGACCUCUCCUCUCACCCCUGUCUCUGUGUCUCCCAUCAACAGACCUUCAGUCCGAACUGUCCCACCCUUAAGUGACCCCAUCCACCUAGAGCACUUCUAAGAAAGAUUAUUUGUGACCCUAUCCCCCCACUCUAAUAAAGAAAGCCUUGUCCAACACAGCGGCACCCCC